CCUUCUCUCGAGAGCGCGGAAUAUAAUACAUCGCUCUCUGAAAAUGAACCAAGGAGACGAGAUUUAAAGGCGGAAGAAGUAACACGUGUAUCUUCAAUCCGAGACUCUCUCAAUCCGAUUUCUCUCAAUCCGUGGUCUUGUAUUGAAUACAAUUAUCUGAAUUGCCAUUGCCUACGUGAGAAAAUUAGCGAAGUUCUGAUCUAACAAGGGGGAUAUUGUGUGCGACAUAAUAUCUAUCUCUUAAGCGGAGCUUAAAUUGCGUGCAAUAAGCGGAUUAUCGUCGAAAAGAUCGAUUUGUGCCGACGAAAUCAAAUAUGGACAACGAUAAAAAGUAUUUCGAAGAGAACAACAAUUUCUUUGGAAAUAAGAUCGAUUCGAAGUUCAUGAAAGAAUGUGAAUCUUUAUCUCGCAACGCGGGUUCAGCAUCGAACGAUCUCACCGAUCAGCACAAGAAAUUCUUGGCGACGUGCAAACGCGAGCUCGGCGACGAGUUGCCGGACAGCUUCGAUCAAUGGACCGACAAAGAGCAGUUCGAUCAUUUGAUAAGCCACAUCGACAAGUACUUUCCAAACAUACCCGAAUCUCUGAGAUUCGUAUUGCCGGCGACUUUCGAGAACGGAGAUUGCGGCCGGCCGGCGAAUCAGAAGCCAGAUUGGUUGGACAUGGACAAAUUUCGUCGGGGACAGCAAUUCGCUCUGCGCUAUUACGCCGUUGUCAGCAUCAGUAAUCUGAUGUCUUUGACUCAGAUAUUCAACUUCGAAGACGGACUGAAGCCUCUGAUUCUCAGUCAGAAUUCCGACAGUCCGUAUCGCGCGUUCAUGCGAUAUCUUUCGACGAUUAAGCGAUUUCGGAAUUGGUACAUAAGCGAUCCGUGGCGCGAGGGCACGCCGGCCUAUCGCGACAUCCAGACUGUACGAAGACUGCACGGGGCAAUGAGACGGAAAUUGUGCAAUAUGGACGACGAGGAGAUCGAUCGGAAGUGCAAGCUCGAGUACACACAUUGUCCGUUGCUGAAAGCGAUCGCGAAGGACUUCGAGCAUUCGGUAUGUCCGAUGCUGAAGAACCAGUGCCCGUACACAAUGACGAGAAUGAAGGGUUUGAAUCAGGGUGACAUGGGGGGUACGCAGUUCGCUUGCAUGAGUAUGAUAGUUCUUUAUCCGGAAAAGUUUGGCGUAUACGCCAGCGACGAGGAAUUGCAUGAUUUUUGUUAUCUAUGGCGCGGACUGGGUUAUCUUUUGGGUAUAAAAGAUGAGUAUAAUUUCUGUCGAGGCACUUUACAAGAAAUACGAGAAAGAUGUAAAGACAUGAUUGAGCAGUGGAUAAAACCGAAUUAUCGCAACGUGACGCCGGAAUGGGAGCACAUGUCCACGUGUUUGUUCGAAGCUUCGAAUUGCAUUACGGGCACGGCCAAUUUCAAAGUUUAUUUAUAUUUUCUUUGCGACAUCUUUGAGCUCAACAUGACUCGGCUUUACAAAUCUUUCAGUUUGUUGGAUAAAUUGAUGUACGCGGCGCUGAAGUUAUUGUUUCAGCAUUUGACGAAGUUUCCGUACGUUCAUUACGUUUUGAACAUCAUGCUUUGCGCGAAGAUGGAAAAGGUGUCCAAAUUCGGGAGUAAGGAACACGCGAAUAUUAUAAACAAAUAUUCGAAACAUUUUGCAUAUUGAUUAUUUUUCAUUAAGAUUACGAUCACACUCGCUGUUUCAGCGUUAAAACUUUUUCGUCUCUUCUCGGAAUAAUGUUCAAGAAUCUGUCGUGGAAUUAAAACGUAGAUUAACUUAGCUUUAGAAUCGGAACGUCGAAAAUCUCACACAGACGUUGUAAAUGUCAGAUAUAUUUUAAUCCGAUGCCUUCGCGGUGUGUGUUAUGUUAGAAUUCUCAAAGAUAAGCUUAAGCUAGCGUUAGUGUUAUUAUUUUUUUCUUCUAACACCAAUUUGGUCGUUUCGUUCAAUCUCUUCGCCGAACUAGCCGCGGAGCUCUGUGUCGAACACAGCUCUGCCGCGAAUUAACAAUAUUAAAAACUGCAAAACUCGUAUUGCAACAAUGUUUGUACCCAGCUUUCAAUGAGAGAGAUAAAGAAGCACUGAAAUAAAAAAAAAAAACAAUUUUGUUGAGAUAAUCACAAUUUGGUAAAUCAAGUAAAGUGUUUUGAAAACCAAAUUUUGAGAUUGAGAUUACCAAAAUUUGAUAAUCUCAACAAAACUGUUUUUUUUUCUUCAAUAAGAGAGCCACUAUAAUGGCUAUUCUUUCUACAACGUCGCUUAGCGAGAAGUCACUAUAAUGGCGCGUAAGACUUGAAGAUCAGAGUGUUAUUUUUAUAGUAUUAUAAUUAUAUUUGAGAUGUAUUUAUUUUCUUUGACGUGUUAGAUUUAUUUAAGGUGUUUAUUUAAUUUAACUGAUUUUAUGUAAAACAGCGACGUGUAUUAUACUUUGUAUUAUAUCUUGUAUUAACUCCAAAAAUGUAACUUAUACGAAGAAAAUAAAAUAUUAUGUUGCAUUCUGUAAAUGAAUUCUGUAAAUUAUACAAGAAAAUGUGAAAAAAAAAGUCCUGAUCGUCCCGGUGAUUUCUUGAAUGACACAUGAUAUAAAAGUUCGCAUCACUUUUCUUUUUCCUCGAAUAAUUGUAAAUGUAUGCAAUAUUUUGUGCACAUACAUUUAUUUACGUACAUUUUAUUGCAAGUAAAAUUAAUAAACAUUUUAUGGACAUUUAUUUGUAUGUGCAUGAAUUAUGAAUUUUAUUUCAAAUAAAUUA